AUGGCGAUGUUUUCUCACCCUGCCGCAUCCGACCACCUUUUUGGCCAACCUUCUGACCUCCACACUCAUUGGACACCUCCUACAACUACUGCCCACGCUACCCCAAUCACCUACGGCAACAACUACACCACCGCCUAUGUCAUCUUGGACGACUACGCCCAUGCCGAUACCAAUGACGGUAUUACCACCAUGAACUCCAGAUGUGCAACAGUUUCUUUUGUGGCCACCACACAACAGGUCUAUGCAUCACUGGUCACUCCCGCUCAACCCACCAACAAUGCGACACCUCCUCCGGAACCUCCCAGAUCUUCGACUCCGCGGCUACAGCCACAUCAGCAGACAUGUCGGCGAUGCCUACAGCAACUCCAACCGCGGCCAUACCUGGACCUCGUGUUCCUGCACCUCCUCCCGCUCAUGCCCAUCAAAGCCGUGAUCCCACAGAACAUCGAAGAUCACGCCAAGAGUCGUCGUCCUAUCACAACUACCGCCACCGAGAUCGAGAUUAGGACUAUGGCCACAGUGAGGGACCCUCUUGUGGGGGACAGCGUGAAGGUUCCCACCGUCAUGAUUCUUACUACGAUUCCUCCAACAGACGCUGGUGACGAGACCAACAUCCCAGCCUUCAAGAUUGGUAGAUCAACUUUGGCAUCGUUUUUUGGAGUUACAAUGCUUCUCCCGCUUGGUGCCACACCUACUCCUGAUCUCUUCCGUGAAUUUGGAUACAUUCUGCGCUAA